AUGAGGUACGUAGUACUUGCACUCUGCAUUUACCUAUCCCAAACAGCCUUCGCAUCCGAAGCGGAUGUGCUCGCUUCACUGAAAAAUGAGAAAAUUUCCUUGAAAGCGCAGUUGCUGAGGGGUGAAGGACUGAUCAAUUAUCUAAAGACGAAGCAGAAUCUCUUCGAGGCUGCAAUCACCCCACAGAGCUACAAUUUCAAGCGCAACUUAAUGGAUCGGAGAUUCAUCAAUCACAAUAGGAAGCCAAUUGUAGAGGACGUCAACGACGAUGGCGACGACAUUCCAGAAAGUUUCGACGCUCGAACUCACUGGCCCAACUGCUCUUCGCUUACACACAUCCGUGACCAAGCCAACUGCGCUUCAUGCUGGGCAGUGUCGACGGCAUCUGCCCUUUCAGAUCGAAUUUGUAUCGCUAGCAGAGGAGCAAAGCAGGUGUAUGUCUCGGCGACUGACAUCCUGUCAUGCUGUCAUUCAUGCGGUUACGGGUACGAUUUUAUAACUGACCAAACCUUCCAAAUGUUUUCUCUUCUACACCAGUGA